UCUUCUACAAACUUGACCAUUUGUGGUCAUCAUUUAACACCGCAACAGUUUAGGAGAUUUCCUUCUCUCUGCUGUAAUGGCCAACCGAAGCAACACUAAUCUUUGGACUACACUCCGACCAUGUUUUACAUCUCUUUACCUCGCCUUCUUGCUGCACCACUUCACCAGCACCGUCUCCGGUGUCUCUUCUGCUCCUUACGUACCAGUCGAUAAUAUUUUACUUAACUGUGGCUCCUCCAGCAACUCCACUGCAAUUGAUGGUCGGACCUGGAUUGGUGACGAUAAUUCUAAAUUCUUCCCUCAAUCACUAUCACAAAACCAUGCCUCUCUAGACACAAAGCCAGUUCAAAAAUCCCCAUCUCCAUUAGCUUCCCAAAUACCCUAUACCACAGCUCGCUUGUCUGUAUCCGCAUUCACGUACAUAUUCCCAGUCACUACCGGCCAAAAAUUCAUUCGCCUAUACUUCUACCCAGCUUCAUACUCCAACUUUGACCGCUCCAGAGCUCUAUUCUCUGUCAAAGCUGGACCUUUUACUCUUCUUAACAACUUUAACGCAUCACUUACGGCUGACGCCGAUGCUGAUCCCCGUGAUACCAUAUUUAGGGAGUUCUGUGUCAACGUCAAGGAAGAUGAGAGGCUGAACUUAACUUUCACUCCAAGCGAUUCCAAUUCAUUUGCUUUCAUCAACGGAAUUGAAAUCUUGUCCAUGCCUUCAAAUCUCUAUUACACUCCGUCCGACAGUCAAGGGUUCUCCUAUAUCAGCCAGCAGAACCUGUACGUCAUCGGUAAUGGAACUGCUCUCGAGGCGCUAUACAGAAUAAAUGUUGGAGGAAAAUCCAUCGUACCCAAUGAAGACACCGGAGUGUUCCGGACCUGGGAAACCGACCAGGAGUACAUGAUACCCCGGGAUUCUGUUCUACCUCUGAACAUGAGUAUUGAACUAAUCUUCACUAAAAUAUCUCCGUACACCGCACCAGAAAAUGUCUACCGAACUGCGCGGACUAUGGGGAACAAUAAAGCUUUCAAUAAGAAUCACAAUCUCACUUGGGAAUUUUCGGUAGAUUCUCAGUUUGAUUAUCUUGUUAGGCUACACUUCUGUGAAUUUCAAUCAGAUUUGGAGGAUUGGCACGACCGGGUGUUUCUUAUUUUCAUAGCAAAUCAAGUCGCUGAGAAAGAAGCCGACGUUAUGGUAUGGAGUGGUCGGAGAAAAGCUGUUCCCGUAUACAGGGACUACGCUGUGUCGAUGUUUGGCAAAGAAAACCAGAAGAAAAUGAACCUCUCUAUCACCCUACAAGCAAACCCGGAUGACUGGAGGACUACUUUUAAUGAUGCAAUCUUGAAUGGCAUCGAAAUCUUCAAAAUAAGCGACCCCAGUGGCAACCUCGCCGGACCCAACCCCGACCCACUUCCGCUGACCCCUCAAACGACUGUUCCACAGAGACAAUCAACAAAGUCGAAUAAUAAUACAGCAACCAUAAUCGCCGUCGUUGGAGGCGGGGUCGCCGGUUUUAUUGUACUGUCAAUACUUGGAUUCUUGAUACUCCAGCGGGCCAAGAGGGUGAAGGACUCUAGCUCUAGCGAUGGGACUACUCGGUGGGGUCCAUUUUCUUUCGCUACCACGACCAAGUCAACAAAUACACGCGGGUCAAGUCUACCAUCUGAUAUGUGUCGUUACUUCACUCUGGCGGAGAUUAAAGCAGCCACUAAAGACUUUGAUAAUGCUUACAUUAUUGGCGUUGGUGGGUUCGGGGACGUGUAUAAAGGCUACAUUGAUAAUGGGACCACUUCGGUUGCUAUCAAACGAUUAAAACCCGGUUCACAACAAGGGGCCCACGAGUUUGAGACUGAGAUCAGGAUGCUUUCACAGCUUCGUCAUCUUCAUCUCGUUUCUCUGAUUGGAUUUUGUAACGACGGAAAGGAAAUGAUUCUUGUGUAUGAUUACAUGGCUCAUGGGACCCUUCGUGAUCAUCUUUACAACACCAAUAAUCCACCUCUUUCGUGGAAACAACGGCUCCAGAUUUGUAUUGGUGCAGCGCGUGGGUUGAACUACCUUCAUACAGGUGCGAAGCAAACUAUCAUUCAUCGUGAUGUGAAGACAACAAAUAUCUUGUUGGAUGAGAAAUGGAUGGCCAGUGUGUCUGAUUUUGGGUUGUCUAAAUUUGGUCCCACUGGUAUAUCUAAGGCCCAUGUAAGCACAGUGGUGAAGGGUAGUUUUGGGUAUUUGGAUCCUGAAUACUAUCGACGCCAACAGCUAACUGAGAAGUCUGAUGUGUACUCAUUUGGUGUGGUGUUGUUUGAAGUGUUGUGUGCAAGGCCACCAAUUGUACGCACGGUGGACAAGAAGCAAGUGAGCUUAGCGGAGUGGGCUCGACAAUGUUGUCGCAAUGGAAAGCUUGAUCAUAUUGUUGAUCAAUUUUUGAAGGGUAAGAUUGCACCAGAAUGUUUGAAGAAAUUUGGUGAGAUUGCUGUGAGUUGUUUGCUUGACAAUGGAACUGAACGACCAUCGAUGAAUGAUGUGGUAUGGGGUCUUGAGUUCGCAUUGCAGUUGCAAGAAUGUGCAGAAAAAGAUAGCAGGCUUGAUUUGGUUGAUAUUGAGAUGGAGGAUGAUCAGAAAGCUUUCAUGCCCAAGUCCACCAUGAUUGAUAGUGAUGAAAUGUUUAGUAGCAGCAUUGGGCAAGUGUCAAGUACAACUAGUGAUAGUAGCGUGAACGUAAUAAGUAGAGAAUUUGGAGGUUUUGCUUUUAAAGAGUCAGAUAGAUUAAUGUCCUCUGGGGCAGUGUUCUCUGAAAUUGUGAAUCCUAGAGGCCGAUAAGAGAAUAUAUGCUUCGGAGGUGACAUUGUAGUAUGUUUUAUUUAAGUCGUGUUGUGGAAUAGAACUUGGUUUGGUAGCAAGUACUUUUAUUUCAGUUAUGGGGGAAGAAGAUGUUGAAUUGAGUUGCCAAAUAGCUCUCAGUGUACAAUAGUUAAUCUCUCUUUUUCUUUUUCUUUUUUUAAUAUGAAAAAUGUGUGAUGGUUAAAGGAA